CUGACAUCACUUCAUCAGGUGACAUUGAGCAGUGUUUGAAGGAGGCAGCCUACAUGAAGGACUUUCACCACCCCAACGUCAUCCAGCUCAUCGGAGUGAGUCUUCACCGGCGUCAUGGUCAGAGGCUGCCCAUCCCGAUGGUGGUUCUUCCUUUCAUGAAACACGGAGAUCUGCACACGUUCCUGCUGCUGUCCAGACUGGGAGAACAUCCGUUU